AUGCGUGACCCGAAGGACUUUUGCCAGGUCACUAAAAAAUUCCCUCCACCGGAGGAGGGUGAACGGUGCUGCAAGUUUCUACUUGAUCCCUUGCAUGAUGAGGUGGAGAGGGAGCACCGCAUGCUGGAACUCGUCCCUGGCCGCAUGCAGCUUGUGGAUGGCGUGAAUCACAACUUCAUCGUUGGCGGCGUUGAGGAGCACAGCCUGGAGGGACGCGCCUAUCCCUACCACAGGGUCAGCCUGGGUCGCACAGAGCGGACACGCAUGGCGGUGCCCCCCGGCGUUGAGCCACGGACGGAGUUUGUGGCUCUUGGUCGGCGAGGCCUGGUUGGGUACAACAGUAAACGCCCGGUGGUUGUAUACGUUCCCGAAGAUGCCAAGCUGCGCUACCGCAUCUGGGAGGGCGGCGAGGAGUGCGUUGCGACUGAGCUCUAA